AGAAUACAAGCUGAAAUUCACAUCAGACAUAACAGACCCCAGGCAUGGACAUUCCCACACACUGAAGACUGUUCUGCUUUUUUAACUGGACUGAUCUGGACAGAUGGUGGACCAGAACUCAUGAUCAUAAUACUGCAACUUCCUUUACUAACAAUUCUGGUCGAGCAGGAGUUGCCAUUGAAUUCAGAUCUACGUUGCUGGGACGCGCCCUCACUUCCGAGUGUCUUUGGCUUUUAUGGUAAAUAACAAUACCAUCAGGGGGCUUGUGUGUGUGUUGCCAAGAGAAUACGGUGCAAGGAGUUCAGAUGGCACAGAUUCUGCAUGCUUUAAAGCAGCUAGUUUGACCUCCUAAUAAAUGUGACAAGAAAUGAAUAAACCCAAAAUGGCAGCUGAAAAAGGUGCUUCCCGAGUGCUGAUGUUGUUGGGUCAGCUAGAAAGACUGAAUGAAGAGCCCAAAGCCUCUGAUACUGAUGCCACCCGACAGAUCACAGGCAAAAUCCUUCAUCUCAUCCAGACUCAAGAGAAGACCCGAAAGGAGAUGGUGUCUAAAGGCUCCAGCGGGAUGGAGGUUAUUCUCUCUUUUCUUGAGAACACACGGGAUUUGCAGACCACCCUGAACAUCCUCAGUAUUUUAAAUGAACUGUUGACUGUGGGUGGAGGCCGUAGGACUGGAGUGUUUGUGUCUAAGGGAGGAACAGCAAUUCUGCUGCAGCUGCUGGUGAGCUCCAGCAAAGACCUUCCUCUGAAUGAAGAACUAAUGCUGCACAUUCACUCUCUUCUGGUUAAAGUCGGCCCGAAAGACAGGAAGUUUGGUGUUAAAGCACGUCUGAACGGGGCACUGAAUGUGACAGUGAAUCUAGUGAAACACAAUCUGCAGAACUACAAGCUGCUGUUGCCAUGCGUACAGGUGCUGCGUGUCUACUCAGGCAACUUGGUAAAUGCUGUGUCUCUGGGAAAGAGUGGCGCUUUGGAGCUCAUGUUUGAAAUCAUCGGACCCUUCAGCAAAAAGAGCACCACUUUGCUCAAGGCGGCCCUGGACACACUAGCAGCGUUACUGAAGUCCAAAAUGAAUGCCCGGCGGGCAUUGGACAGAGGCUAUAUGCCGACUGUACUCGCCAUCUACCAGGACUGGCACCGUAACGACACUCGCCAUCGUCACAUGAUCAUUCGCAAGAGCAUUCUGGGAUGUAUUAAAAACCUCACAAAUAUAAAGCUUGGCAGGAAGGCCUUCAUAGACGCCAACGGCAUGAGGAUCCUUUAUAGCACAUCCACUGAGUGCCUGCCCGUCCGGACACUUGAUCCACUGGUCAAUACCUCCAGCCUUAUUAUGAGGAAGUGCUUUCCAAAGAACCGCCUACCACUGCCUACUAUUAAAAGUGUCUAUCAGCACGCACUAUCACACAUACCAGCUGGGGGACCAGUCGCACAGCUUUACAGCCAGCCUCCAGGAGUGGAUGAUGUUGUUGAUGAGAGUGAUGAGAAUGAAGCCACAGAGGUUGACACAGAAAAUGACACGGAAAAUGAGGAUGAUGAAAUUGAUCACAAAACCCAGAAUUAUGACAUAGAGACGGAUAUCAACAAAUUACUUCCCAGACAGAUGCAGACAUGUCCGUUUGAUGAGCUGAGAGUCUACGAGCGUUUCUGUCUUGAAUUCACACAUGAUUUUGAGGAUAAUGACUUUGAAAGCCAUGGAUCUGUCAUGCCUCCAACAAGCAUCGAGCCAGAUCUUCAUUGCCCCCUCAUCAUUCCCACCACGCUUGCGCCCAUCAGCCCUCAAAAUAGUCACCCACAGAACAUUCAGCCACCACAGUCAAAUCACUCUCCUUUGGAGCUGGACAGCAUCUCCAUAUCAAAAACUCUAGAGUGCAAACACGAUCCUGAUCUGGUGUGUAGUUUGGGUCUGCUGGUUCUGGAUGAUGGGGUCUCUAUGAACGGAGGAUAUGGGGGCGGGCCACAGGAGGAGAGCGGGGAUCAGGCGGAGAUUGAGGUGCCAGAUACAGCUGCACUUCUGCCGCUACACGACCCUGAUCUCUACUUAGAGAUGGUGAAGAGCACCCGCUCAGUGCCCGCAUACACAGAGGUGGCAUACCCUGAUUACUUUGGGCACGUGGCACUUAACCUACGUGAGCCCAUUCUAGAGAGGGUUUAUGGCGUGCAGAGCAGAAUGAAGAUCUUCCAGGACAUUGAGAGGCUCAUUCACCCCAGUGACAUCCUCGAUAUAGUCGUAUAUGACUUAGAUAAUAUGAGUUGUCCAAUUCUUGAAAACGGGGAGUCCCUCAAGUUCAACUCUAAAUUUGAGUCUGGAAACCUACGCAAAGCAAUACAAGUCCGAAAGUUUGAGUAUGACUUGAUCCUGAACUCGGAUAUCAACAGCAAUCACUAUCACCAGUGGUUUUAUUUUGAAGUGGGCAAUAUGCGCCCGGGAGUUCGUUAUCGGUUCAACAUCAUUAACUGUGAGAAGUCCAACAGCCAAUUCAAUUAUGGUAUGCAGGUGCUGAUGUAUUCAGUACAGGAAGCCAUCAACGGUAGUCCCCAAUGGGUUAGAACUGGAUCAGACAUCUGCUACUACAAGAAUCAUUUCUCACGAAGCUCCAUUGCGGCCGGAGGUCAAAGGGGCAAAUCCUACUUCACCAUGACCUUCACCGUGACUUUUCAGCAUAAAGAUGAUGUUUGCUACUUUGCCUACCAUUACCCAUACACUUACUCAAUGCUGAAGAUGCACCUGCAGAAGUUGAGUGCUCUGCGUACUGCUGAGAUCUACUAUAGACAGGAUGAGCUGUGUGAAACACUGGGAGGAAACAGCUGCCCUCUGCUCACCAUCACAGCCAUGCCAGAGUCCAGCAGCAAUGAGCACAUCAGCCAGUUCAGGAGUCGUCCGGUGGCGUUUCUCUCAGCACGGGUUCAUCCAGGUGAGACUAACUCCAGCUGGGUGAUGAAGGGUUCUCUGGAGUUCCUCAUGAGCUGCAGUCCUCAAGCUCAGAGUCUGAGAGAAAGCUACAUCUUCAAGAUCAUCCCCAUGCUCAACCCUGAUGGAGUCAUCAAUGGCAAUCAUCGUUGUUCUCUGAGUGGGGAGGAUCUGAACAGACAGUGGCAGAACCCUAAUGCAGAGCUGCACCCCACCAUCUAUCACGCCAAGAGUCUCCUUCAGUAUCUCAGAGCUACAGGAAGAACUCCACUGGUGUUCUGUGAUUAUCACGGUCAUUCACGGAAGAAGAAUGUGUUCAUGUACGGCUGUAGUAUAAAGGAGACGGUGUGGCAGACCAAUGUCAACACCAGCAACUGUGACCUACAUGAGGACCUGGGAUACAGGACUCUGCCUAAGCUACUGUCUCAAAUGGCUCCGGCGUUCAGUCUGUCCAGCUGCAGUUUUGUAGUGGAACGAUCCAAAGAGGCCACGGCUCGUGUGGUGGUGUGGAGGGAGAUUGGCGUCCAGCGCAGUUACACUAUGGAGAGCACCCUCUGUGGCUGUGACCAGGGCAAAUACAAGGGUCUCCAAAUUGGCACGAGAGAACUGGAGGAGAUGGGAGCUCAGUUUUGCAUGGGUCUGCUCAGGCUAAGACACUUCACGAACCCCUUAGAGCUCCACAACCACAACUCGCACCUGGUGGACAUGGAGAACGACAUGCCAAACAUCACCAGUACCACCACACACGUGCUGGAGGAGGAUGAGCCAGCGUUCUUGGAGGAAGUCGACUACAGCGCAGAAAGCAAUGAUGAGAACGACCCUGAUCUUGAACCUGAUCUCCAGGGUAACCGUGUCCUCCCAGACCCCAGCUCUGACUCGGAGCUCAGCCGCCAAGACUCUCUUACCUAAAACUGCACCAGGCUCAUAUUAGUCCUUAGGGCUGUAGCCAAACUUGACUCUUAACCCAACACUCAAUGGUUUUUUGCCUGUGUUACACAUUACCUGUGUUUGCCUACUUUAUAGAAUCCUGUUUAAACUUCUUUGUUCGCAAGAUUUACCUGAAUCAGAAUAACCAAACCUCAAGAUCAGCUUCAUGACAGCAAACCAAAACAACUGCACCUCAAAGCAUCUUGCAGAAGAUCCUUAAAUACAUUUCAGACCAUGGCACAGAUAGUUGCUUUAAGAGUUGUAGCUCAGUAACAUUAUGUAUAAAGCGAUAUAGAACAAGAUUGAAAUAUUAUAUGAUCUUAAAUAACAAUACUAACUUAAAGUAAUAGUCAUUGUUUAUUCACCCUAAUGCAGUUCCAUGAGAAAAUGAUGACAAUGUUUUCAUUUUUGUGCGAAUUAAACCUCUUAACUGGCAGACCCACCUGAGGGACGGAGUGGACACAGCUAUUAUAGGGUUAACCCUGAACUAUAAAGGGUUAACCAUGGUUAACCUUAUAAUAGCUGUGUGCACUCUGUCCCUCAGGUGGGUCUGCAAGUUAAGAGGUUAAGAAAAUCGUAAAUGUAAUAGUCCCAAUAAUAAGAAGUUGGAUUGAGGUGUUAAUUGUAUUCAUGACAAAUUGUAAAUGCUUUUUUAAUUAUGGCACUAUAUUAGGAAAGAUCAUUACCAUUUUAUAAAUAUCCAUGUUCACUUCAUACCAGAUUGAGAUAUUACUAAGAACAGACUGUAAUCCAGAUACAUCGACUCAUCAGUUUUACAACAUACUCAUCACAGAAACGAGAUCAAAGCUGCACGCCCACAAAAACGGCUCAGUGUACAACGAUGCAAUCUAAGGAAUGUAACCACCCUUAUUCUCAAAAGAACACUCACCUCCACACUUCCUGUGGAGUCCUGAUGGGGUCACCGUUUGGUCGCAGUCUUAGACCACUAUUGUUCGUGUGUGUACUGUAUGUGCGCCGCAUUUUUGUGGCUGUAUUUGCAUUUUAAUUGGGAGAGCUUGUAUAUUUUAAUUUGGAUGUCAAUAUUUCUUUCUUUGUUGCAUUUGUAUAAUUAGUGAAUGACCUUUGGAAGUUGCCUCUUAAUUUAUUUUAUUAGUUUUAUUUGGGAGAGUGCUAAGGUAAAACUUGAUUGUGUGUGUGUGUGUGUGUGUGUGUGUGUGUGUUUAUACUACAUUGUGGGGUGAGAUCACCUACCUUGUGGGGCCCAGUUAGUGGUCCUCAUGAGGGAAAUGGCUUAUUAAACAUACUAAACUAUGUUUUUUUGAAAAUGUAAAAAUGCAAAAAGGUUUCUGUGAGGGUUAGGUUUAGGGGUAGGGUUAGGGGAUAGAAAUUAUGAUUAGAUCUGUAUAAAAUCCAUAAAAUGCAUGGAAGUCUAUUGAGAGUCCCCACAAUGAUAUAAAAACAAGUUUGUGUGUGUCUGUGUUUGAUGUCAGCAGAUGGGAACCGUACUAAAUGUGCGUAUGAGAUGCGAAAAACACAAGUAAAUUUGGUUUUAUUGCAGUGUUUGCAAAUCUUUGAUGAGAAAUGUGGUUAAUAAACACUUAAGUUAAGCCUGUCUCACAGUAGCAUUUCUAGCAGUUGCACUUCACAACAAUUUGUUGGUAAGGAAGUUUAGAAGUUGUAAGAAAAUAAAUUGCAAACUUGUUCAUUAUAAUUUGAAUAGAUAACUGUAUUUUCAUUUUGGCAGUGUUAUAACACACACACAAAACUAAACCAUGACAUUUCUCUUUCAUAACAUGUUUUGUUGCAGCCGUUACAACCAAUUUGUUGCAAUCAAAAGUUUAAUAUGAAAAAGAUCAAACAAUAUUUUUUGAUGGAACAUGCUGGGACAAAGACAAAUUCUGAUUCAAAUUCAUAUAUAUAUAUAUAUCAUUCUAACACACACAUGUAAUAAUGAAUGGAGACAUGCAAAUUGGCUGGCUGAUAUUCAGACGAACAACACCCUAACAAUGAAAUUAAAAUUUGAUUAUGAUUCAUUUAUUUGUUAUUUUGCAUUACAAACUAAACAGUUAAAUUUACCUAAUAAUGUGACUAGGUUCAUUAUCUAGAUCAUAUUUUGAGAAGUAAUAGAUACACUCCAAAUACAAAUGACAACAUUUCCUGAGAACAACCUAUAUUUGAAUAAAUGUUUAGGAAAAAAAACCCCAUAAAACAUAGGCAUUUUUCACAUUCAGACUGAUGUACCAAGUGCUUAAGUGAAUGAUCAGACAGGAAAGAGUGAAAAGAGAGAGUCAAAAAGUGGCAGAGCGAGAGUGAGGCGUGUCUUGAACAGUGGAAGAAUGCUAAUUCACAGUCGGCGUGCCAAACGAAAGGUCCCGUCUUUUCAGCUCUAUCACUUCCUCUCUCUUUUCAGCAUCCCCUCAUUUUCUACAGCAUAGAAACAAAAGACUCAAUCCCAGCUGCUGUUCAAAGAUGGUUGCAUUCACAUCAGACCCCUAAUUAACCACACAUGCAUUUGACAUGCAUGUGUCAACACAAUCUGAUGCUCUGCUGACUUAAUUAAAAGGAAUCCACCAAUUGUUUUCAUGUAACUCCAUUCAUCAGAGAGAUUUUAAUCAAUGAUUUGAUGAGACUGACGUUAUAGCUUUCUCUCUCUCUCUCUCUCUCUAGCAUUCUCACUUGUUUACAAAUAGUUUUUAAAGAUAUGUUGUGGCAGCAGGGGCGUGGUCAAGCGUCCGGCACAAGGAAGGCCACGGUGCUUCUGAAGCUGCUACGUUUAAUCUGUUAUAUUUGUGAAGCUGAUGUGUUUAAGUUACUACGUGACUGUGAAGCUGAUGAGUUUGUGAAG